AUGAAUCUAUCAGAUACAGGUGCUUCGACCUUGAUGGAUUACGAGUAUGCCAGCAUAGUACAGCAUAGGACCAAAAACAUCCAUUAUCUGGAUUAUGGGGCUUUACCCUCAGAAGCAGCAACCAGCAAACGCUUUAAACAGAUGCAAAUGAAGGAACCUAUGAUUCUAUGUCACCGCCCGCCGGGCGCUACUGCAAUUCCUGUCACGCUUAUACAUCCCGUCUUUGGCGAGUUCGUUGACAACUGCUCGAAUAUUAUACCUACUGAUGCAGACUAUGAUUUAGUUAAUAGCCUGUCACAAGAAAUGGCAGAUUUGUAUGAGGAAGAAGACAAGCGAAAACACAAAUUUCUGAGCAUAGUCGAGGAAUAUUAUAAAGUCCAAUUCUCCACUCAGAUUCGUGAUACAAAAUACACAACCGAUGGUAACUUGCGACAAGGAGACUUCUUUUACGUUAAUGUAGAAGUUAAGAAUGAGCUGGGUUCGGGUGGUGCUGAGCCAAACAUUCAGUCUGCUUAUUACUAUGUUGAAUUUGUGCGUUCACACUCGAAAAAUUACCCGCAGUCACCCUUACCUUGUCUUCACAUCUGUCUUGCAGGUAUGACCUUACAUCGGAUUUUCUGGUUGAUAAGUUCGAAGAAAGUCCAAAUGGACCCUCUGACGCCUCUGGUAUCAUUUGCAUUUCAUCCUCGUGACACUCAAAUGAGAAUGAUGGUUGCACGCAUGUUUGCUGCUUUCAGAGUCGCCAUUGAUCAGCUGAAGGCAUACUACAAGCGUAUGUCUGAUGUCAGAGAUCAACCUGGAAAGAAUUUGCCAAUUCCUGAAAGUCAAUACCCUUAUAAGCACUGUUACCAUAAUGGUAACACCAAUGACCAAUUUGUUUAUUUCAAGUAUAUGUCUCAAAUCGCAGAUAGGCUAGUUUUCAUUGCUGAAACUGAAUCUCAAGAAACCAUCAUUGUCAAAUUUAGUCGAACUUAUUCAAAAGAAACACAUGAGCUUUGUGCCUCUAAAGGCUUUGCACCAGUAUUACGAGCUUACGAGGAUGUUUGUGGUGGCUGGCACAUGGUAAUAAUGGACUAUAUGAAAGCAGAAGAGUAUCUACCAUAUUAUCUGCGGUCAGACAAGCAGUACAGCUUUCCAGAUCCUAAUAUUCUACAAAAAAGAUUUACAGAGAUUGUUCAAACCCUUCAUGCAGAAGAUUAUGUUCAUGGAGACAUUCGUGAUUCCAAUUUUAUUGUUAAGAUUGAUGGAACAGGUGUUAUGCUAUUGGAUUUUGAUUGGGCAGGAAAGGAAGGUAUUGUUCACUAUCCCAUAGACAUUAACUGCUCAACUGUGGAACGGCCUCCUGAAGUGAAAAGUGGUGCACCUAUCAAAAAGCAGCAUGAUUUGGACAUGCUUAACAUAAUGUUUAGGGGAUCAAAUUUAUAA